UUGCGAUACACUAGCACUGCUCCGAGCUGUUGAAAUAUUUAGUGGUAUAACUAUAAACAAUAUCAACCCAGGCCGAUCUUCAUCAAUUAUAAAAACUAUAAACAAUACCAAGACAAAAGUUCCCCGCCAGCAGUACGUAAUAUGUAGAUUCUGUUUGAAAUACUGUGUAGAUACUGUUAUCAAUAACGUGCUGGUAAAAACCCCGGCACAUGGACGAAUGAAUCUGCCACUGUAUCGCUUCAGUGUCUUAUUGAACAUAAUGAGUGAAAGGUGGUGUUUCGUUGUUAAUUGUGCCUUUGUGGUUAUGCUGCUAGUCGGAUAUUUCCCGACACGUACAACACAGGCAACAGUGGGCGAUCGCCAACAAGAGCAAUGUAUUACGAGUAACAAUAAGGCAGGUUAUUGUAUGCUAGCGGAACACUGCGAUGAGUCGGAAAAGAUUGAUCUGCGGAGUACAACCUGCACUAAUCCCUCUCUACACUGCUGCCCAAUAGUCACUGUGCCAUCGUGGAGCAGAAAGCAGCAAUACACCGAAUGCGACAGUAAUAGAGGAUAUUGUGUAAAAAGUGACAUGUGCAAAGUUCGUACAUUCCGAUUACGUUCGAACAGAUGCCCUACGAUCGAGGAAGUUUGCUGUCCCAAAAGUGCGUUCCAGGAAGAAGCUCCACAGCAAACUGAAAUCGCUGUUACUGCUAGCAUUCCUAGUACAACUAUUAGUAGCACCGCUACGAGCAGUGUAUCUACAACUAGCGCUGUAGCUACAACAGAUGCUACUACCAUUAACAUUGCAACUACCACUGCUACUACUCCAGCUAGUACUGUUACUAUCACUACAACUCCAAAACAGGUGGUUUCAUCAACGAAUAUCAUUGAAAAGGUCGAUUCUGCCGCUAUGACACGUCAACCAGAACAGACAAAUGAGGAUUGUAUUCAGUGUCAGGCAUUGAUAUCAUCUGACAGUGCUUCAACAGUUUCCACAGAAUCUGAAAGAACCACAGCGACGACAACCGAUCCGAUCCCUUUGGCAACAACUCAAUCUUAUAAACAGGAAAACAUCACAGAAACUGUCCUUCCAACGAGCUUGGAUAAAAAUGAUUUUCUCGAAAAUACAAUUGAUACCCCUAGCGCUUCAACACCCUCUGCUACUGUCACGUCAAACACCAUGUCCCCCCUACUGCCGAAUUUCGACCCCGAUAACUUCUCCUAUAAAACAUGUGGAAAACGAAACCCGAACGGUGUUGUGAAGCACACGAUCUCCCAAGAUUAUCUCGCUGAAUAUGGAGAAUUUCCUUGGAUGGUCGCACUGUUGGAGCUACCGGAAAAGCGCUAUUGCUGUAAUGGUGCGCUCAUCGACAAAAACGCCAUCUUGACAACAGCUCACUGUGCACAACAUUGUGGAGAAAAAGUAGCGAUACGAGUCGGUGAAUGGAACAUGAGCUCAACAGCUGAUAUGGUGAUUCCACGGAAGGAUAUUGAAGUAAAACAAAAGCACAUGCAUUCCGACUUUAAAUCCGACCUGACCAACAACAUUGCCGUGCUGGAACUAAAAGAAUCGGUAGAAUACCAACCAACGAUACAGCCGGUGUGUCUGCCAUCCGCGGAGUAUACGUUAAAUAACUAUGAGAACCUGAUCGCUACCGGAUGGGGUGAUAUGGUUGCAGGGAAUGCGUCGUCUAACAAAAUAUUAAAACGGCUUGAUCUGCAACACGUGGCGAGAAGUACUUGCGACGAGAAGCUGAAAAAAAUACAAUCGCCGUUUAAGUUUAAUCUACAUCAGAGUUUCGUAUGUGCCGAUAUCAAUCAUCGGGAUAAGGAAAGACCAUGCGAAAGGGAUGCUGGAUCGCCGGUUGUUGUGCAGAUUCCCAACACGGAUGAGGCUUACUAUCUGUACGGUUUGGUGUCGUGGGGUUAUAGUUGUAAUCAGAAGCGGAAUACGUACACCGUACUAACGGAUGUGGGCCUUUUCCGAGACUGGAUAGAUAACACACUUCAAGUCAAAAUAAAUAAAGCGAAAAACCGCAAAGGAAUUCCAAAAGGAACGCAAAAAGUGAGACAGUAACGGCAGUAACAAACACUAAUUCAAAAGCAAUAAAUAGUUAGACAGAAAUGGCAGUAAUAUACUCCACUA